AUGAUUCUACGAUCUAAUUUUAUCAAAUCAAGAAUACGACCUUGGGUUAGAUUCAAUCAUACACCACCAAUACCUUUCUAUUUUAAUCAAAAAACUUAUAUACCUAGUAAUCAGGAAGCUGAGGAGUUAAAUGAACUAUCUAAUGGCUAUAUACAACCACAACCUAAAAAUUCAGACCACGUAAUAAUUGCAAUGAGUUCAGGAGUUGAUUCAUCAGUUUGUGCUGCUUUAUUUAAAGAUUAUCCAAAAGUAAGAGGUCUAUACAUGGCUAAUUGGAAUCAAAAUUCAGUAUGUGUUGAACGUGAUUGGAUUGAUGUUCAAAAAAUUUGUAAAAAAUUAAAUAUACCAGUUGAAAGAGUGAAUUUUGAAUUUGAAUACUGGACAAAUGUUUUUGAACCAAUGAUUGAAAAGUAUAAAAAUGGAUUAACACCUAAUCCAGAUAUAAAUUGUAAUAAAUAUGUCAAAUUUGGAAAAUUAGUAAACUAUUUAGAUUCAAAAUAUGAAAAUUAUAAAUUGGUAACUGGUCAUUAUGCAAGAAUCAUGAAGAAAGAUGACGAAUUUCAAUUAUUAAGAGGUUCAAGUACUAGAAAAGAUCAAAGUUAUUAUUUAAGUACCAUUCCAAAAGAUUGUUUAAAUAAAUUAAUUCUCCCCAUUGGUCAUUUUACAAAACGUGAAGUUAGAAAAAUGGCAAAAGAAUUCAAAUUGGAAAAUUAUAAUAAAAAAGAUUCACAAGGUUUAUGUUUUGUGAAUCCAGAUCAAAAGAAUUUUAGACAAUUUUUAAAUGAAUAUCUUGAAUCUAAUCCUGGAAAUAUCAUAACUGAAGAUGGCAGAAUUUGGGGUAAACAUCAAGGAUUAUGGCAUGCUACAAUUGGUCAAAGAUCUUCAGUAUCGAUGCCUCAAGGUAAUCCGGACUUUACCGGUGUCUGGUACGUAUCUGAAAAGAGACCAUUGACUAAUGAAAUAGUGAUUGUUAAAGGUCAUGAUAAUCCGAAAUUGUAUAAGGAUAAAAUUGAAAUUGGUGAUUUGCAUUUAUUUUAUUCAAUAGAUGAAGUAUUGAAUAUGGAUAGUUUAAGUUUUCAAUAUAGUUCAUUAACUAAACCAACUAAUAUAAAACUGAUAAGAGAAAAUGGAGAUGGUAAAUUAAUAGUAAAAUUAGUUGAACCUGCAAGAGCAGUUACACCAGGUCAAGGUGGGGUAUUAUAUAGAGACAAUCAAGUGAUUGGUUGUGGUAUGAUAAUGUAA